UACUGUAUCGCGAUGGAUGAAUGGAUCCGUAGCGGCAACGGCUACGACUUGAAGAUGUGAUGCGCGUAGAGAUCGGGUUCUGCUGAAUGUGAAAACGAAGAGAACGCUGUUAUUCACGUCGUGAUUUUCGUUGGAGCUAACGCGACGUGCGCAAUUGGAAGGCAUGCCGCAGUUUUACAAGAUCGAGAUUAACAGGACGGAAUGGGAGGUACCGGAGCGGUAUCAGUUGCUCACUCCCGUGGGCUCGGGCGCCUACGGUCAAGUCUGUUCAGCGGUAGAUACAACUACUGGGCAAAAGGUGGCGAUCAAAAAGUUAGCCAGACCAUUUCAGUCAGCUGUGCACGCAAAACGCACGUACAGGGAACUACGUAUGUUAAAACAUAUGAAUCAUGAAAAUGUAAUAGGACUGUUAGAUGUAUUCCAUCCGUCUUCGUCUUUGGAAGAUUUUCAACAUGUAUACCUAGUCACACAUCUAAUGGGCGCCGACUUGAAUAACAUUGUCAGAACGCAAAAGCUUUCUGAUGAUCAUGUGCAAUUUCUUGUCUACCAGAUUCUCCGUGGUUUGAAAUAUAUUCAUUCUGCAGGAAUCAUACAUAGGGACUUGAAACCAUCUAACAUAGCGGUUAAUGAGGAUUGUGAGUUGAAAAUAUUGGACUUUGGCUUGGCCAGGCCAACAGAGAACGAGAUGACCGGCUAUGUUGCCACUAGGUGGUAUAGAGCGCCUGAAAUUAUGCUUAAUUGGAUGCAUUACAAUCAAACAGUUGACAUUUGGUCAGUUGGAUGCAUUAUGGCAGAACUAUUAACCGGAAGAACACUAUUUCCUGGGACAGAUCACAUUGAUCACCUAACACGAGUGUUAGUACUCUGUGGUACACCCACAGAAGAAACAUUAAGCAAAAUUACUAGCCAAGAGGCUAGAAAUUAUAUUCAGAGUUUACCACCGUUAAAGAAAAAAAAUUUCAAAGAAGUAUUUCGUGGGGCUAAUCCAUUAGCUAUUGAUUUGCUGGAAUUGAUGUUGGAAUUGGAUGCAGAAAAAAGGAUUACAGCGGAACAGGCUUUAGCACAUCCAUAUCUUGCACAAUAUGCGGAUCCAACCGAUGAACCUGUUUCUCUACCAUACGAUCAGAGUUUCGAAGAUAUGGAUCUUCCAGUAGAGAAAUGGAAAGAACUUGUGUACCAUGAGGUUGUAAACUUCGUCCCACAGCAGCUAUCUACAUUGUCUUCAACAAUUGAAACGACUUCUUAAGAACAACUUCUUAAAAAUAGUUCUAACACGUGUAAUAUAGAUUUAAGCACAGUAAGAUACAAUAAUAUAGAUUAACAAU